AUGCAGAGAUUUGUGGAUUCAAGGACUGUCCUGCUACUUGUAGCAACACAACUUAUUUUGCUAUCCGUUGUCAGAUGCCAGCGGGACGAUGACCUGGAGGAGCCUGGCAGCUGUAUCCAGGACGGCCGUCACUAUGCAGACGGGGCUGUGUGGAAGCCCGAGGCGUGCCGCGUCUGUGUUUGUGACUCAGGGGCGGUGCUGUGUGAUGAGGUCAUCUGUUGGGAACUGAAGGACUGUGCCAAUCCGGUCAUCCCGCUUGGAGAAUGCUGUCCAAUCUGCCCCGCCGAUCAAGCCAAGUCUAUCGAGGUGCUCGGUGCUAAGGGGCAGAAAGGGGAACCAGGCGAGAUUACAGAUGUUGUAGGACCAAAAGGACCUGCAGGCCCCAUGGGACCUCCAGGAGAGCAAGGCCCACGUGGAGAGAGAGGAGCCAAGGGUGAGAAGGGAGGUCCUGGCCCUCGAGGUAGAGAUGGUGAACCUGGAACUCCUGGGAACCCCGGACCCCCUGGACCCCCAGGACCUCCAGGACCAAAUGGACCCCCUGGACUUGGUGGAAACUUUGCUGCUCAGAUGGCUGGUGGUUUCGAUGAGAAAGCAGGUGGAGCUCAGAUGGGAGUGAUGCAAGGCCCUAUGGGCCCAAUGGGUCCCCGUGGUCCUCCUGGUCCUCCUGGAGCUCCUGGCCCACAAGGUUUCCAAGGUAACCCGGGAGAGACUGGUGAACCAGGUCCCGCUGGCCCUAUUGGACCACGUGGCCCUGCUGGACCUCCUGGAAAAGCAGGAAGUGAUGGUGAAGCUGGUAAGCCUGGAAAGGCUGGUGAAAGGGGACCACCAGGGCCACAGGGAGCUCGUGGAUUCCCUGGAACUCCAGGCCUGCCCGGGAUCAAGGGACACAGAGGUCACCCUGGUGUGGAUGGUGCAAAAGGAGAGGGUGGAGCUGCUGGAGCUAAGGGUGAAGCAGGUGCUCCUGGUGAAAACGGCGCCCCUGGGCCAAUGGGACCUCGUGGUCUUCCCGGUGAGAGAGGCCGUCCUGGACCUUCUGGAGCUGCUGGUGCCCGUGGUAAUGAUGGUCUGCCAGGGCCUGCUGGUCCUCCUGGACCUGUUGGUCCUGCUGGUGCCCCAGGUUUCCCAGGAUCCCCCGGUUCCAAGGGAGAAGCUGGGCCCACUGGAGCCCGUGGAGCUGAGGGUGCCCAGGGACCUCGUGGAGAGGCUGGAACACCUGGAUCUCCAGGACCUGCCGGUGCAGCUGGUAACCCUGGUACUGAUGGUAUCCCUGGAGCCAAAGGAUCUGCUGGUGCUCCUGGUAUUGCUGGUGCCCCUGGUUUCCCAGGACCCCGUGGCCCUCCAGGACCUCAGGGUGCUACUGGACCUCUUGGACCCAAAGGCCAAUCUGGAGACCCUGGCCUCCCUGGAUUUAAAGGUGAAGCUGGACCAAAAGGAGAGCGGGGUGCUGCAGGACCUCUGGGUCCACCUGGCCCUGCUGGAGAGGAGGGUAAGAGGGGACCAAGAGGAGAACCCGGUGCUGCUGGCCCCGUUGGACCUCCUGGAGAGAGAGGAGCUCCUGGUAACCGUGGAUUCCCAGGUCAGGAUGGUGUAGCUGGUGCCAAGGGUGCUCCAGGAGACCGUGGUGUUCCUGGGUUGGGAGGACCGAAAGGAGCUACCGGGGAUCCCGGUCGCACGGGCGAGCCCGGCCUACCCGGCGCCAGGGGUCUCACUGGUCGCCCUGGAGACGCUGGACCUCAAGGAAAAGUUGGACCCUCUGGUGCCGCUGGUCAGGAUGGUCGUCCUGGUCCCCCAGGGCCUCAGGGGGCCCGCGGACAGCCGGGAGUGAUGGGAUUCCCUGGACCUAAAGGAGCCAAUGGAGAACCCGGUAAAGCUGGAGAGAAAGGACUUCUCGGGCCUCCUGGUCUCAGAGGUUUGCCUGGUAAAGAUGGUGAGACUGGAGCUUCUGGUCCUCCUGGCCCUGCUGGUCCUGCUGGAGAGAGAGGUGAACAAGGUGCACCAGGACCAUCUGGUUUCCAGGGUCUGCCUGGACCUACCGGACCCCCAGGAGAGGCUGGAAAACCUGGUGACCAGGGAGUGCCCGGAGAAGGUGGAGCAGCUGGCCCAGUUGGACCCAGAGGAGAGCGUGGAUUCCCUGGUGAGAGAGGCAGUGCAGGCCCACAGGGUCUCCAGGGACCUAGAGGACUUCCAGGAACACCAGGAACUGAUGGACCGAAGGGAGCAAUUGGACCAGCUGGAGCAGCAGGAGCUCAAGGUCCUCCUGGUCUACAGGGCAUGCCUGGAGAGAGAGGUGCUGCCGGAAUCUCUGGGCCCAAGGGUGACAGAGGUGACAGCGGAGAGAAGGGACCUGAGGGUGCACCAGGAAAGGAUGGAGCAAGAGGUUUGACUGGUCCUAUUGGCCCACCAGGUCCUGCUGGACCCAAUGGUGCUAAGGGUGAAACCGGUGCUGUGGGCCCAACUGGAUCAACUGGAGCUCGUGGUGCCCCCGGUGACCGUGGAGAGACUGGCCCUCCUGGGCCUGCUGGCUUUGCUGGACCUCCUGGCGCUGAUGGCCAACCUGGUGCUAAAGGUGAGCAGGGAGAAGGUGGUCAGAAAGGUGAUGCUGGUGCCCCCGGACCUCAAGGACCAUCAGGAGCUCCCGGCCCAGUGGGCCCAACAGGUGUUUCUGGACCUAAAGGAGCUCGUGGUGCACAGGGAGCCCCUGGUGCUACUGGUUUCCCAGGUGCUGCUGGUAGAGUUGGUCCACCAGGCCCUAAUGGUAACCCUGGUCCUGCUGGCCCAGCUGGUCCUGCUGGUAAAGAUGGUCCUAAGGGUGUUCGUGGUGAUGCUGGUCUCCCAGGUAGACCUGGAGAUGCUGGGCUGCGUGGUGCUCCUGGAUCUCCCGGAGAGAAGGGAGAGGCUGGAGAAGAUGGUCCACCUGGACCUGAAGGUCCAGCUGGUCCUGCUGGUCUUGCUGGGCAGCGUGGUAUUGUGGGUCUUCCGGGUCAGAGAGGAGAGAGAGGUUUCCCUGGACUUCCAGGACCUUCUGGUGAGCCUGGGAAACAGGGAGCUCCUGGUGGUGCUGGUGACCGUGGACCCCCUGGCCCUGUCGGACCCCCUGGUUUGACCGGACCUGCUGGAGAACCUGGAAGAGAGGGCAACGCUGGUGCUGAUGGUCCACCUGGCAGAGAUGGCGCUGUUGGUGUGAAGGGUGAACGUGGUAACACUGGACCUGCUGGUGCUCCCGGCGCUCCUGGUGCCCCUGGAGCUCCUGGCCCCGUUGGUCCUCUGGGCAAACAGGGAGACAGAGGAGAGAAUGGUCCACAAGGACCUGCUGGACCUCCUGGACCUGCUGGAGCUAGAGGCAUGGCUGGACCCCAAGGUCCUCGUGGAGAUAAGGGAGAAACUGGCGAGGCUGGUGAGAGAGGACAGAAAGGACACAGAGGCUUCACUGGUCUGCAGGGUCUGCCUGGACCUCCCGGUUCUCCCGGAGACCAGGGUGCUGCUGGACCUGCUGGACCAAGUGGAGCUAAGGGACCCCCUGGACCAAUUGGCCCUGCUGGAAAGGAUGGAUCCAAUGGCCAACCUGGACCUAUUGGACCUCCAGGACCUCGUGGACGCUCAGGAGAAACUGGCCCAGCUGGACCCCCUGGUAACCCUGGACCUCCUGGUCCCCCUGGUCCUCCAGGCCCUGGCAUUGACAUGUCUGCCUUUGCUGGACUGUCUCAGCCAGAGAAGGCCCCUGAUCCACUGCGCUACAUGCGCGCUGAUGAAGCCUCCAGCUCUUUGAGACAGCACGAUGUGGAGGUUGACGCCACGCUCAAAUCCCUCAAUACUCAGAUCGAAGAUAUGCGUAGCCCUGAUGGCUCCCGCAAGAACCCAGCCCGCACCUGCCGGGACCUCAAACUCUGCCACCCAGACUGGAAGAGCGGUGACUACUGGGUGGAUCCUAACAUUGGUAGCACUGCUGAUGCCAUUAAGGUCUUCUGUAACAUGGAGACAGGAGAGACCUGUGUGUACCCCAAUACCCCCAAAGUCCCACGCAAGAACUGGUGGACCAGCAAGAGCAAGACAACCAAACACGUGUGGUUUGGAGAGAGCAUGAACGGAGGGUUCCACUUUAGCUAUGCUGAGGACAACCAGACCCCAGGUGCCUCAAACAUCCAGCUGACAUUCCUGAGACUUCUGUCCAAUGAGGCCUCUCAGAGCAUCACCUACCACUGUAAGAACAGCGUGGCCUACAUGGACGAGUCCAUGGGCAACCUGAAGAAGGCUCUGCUGCUGCGGGGCUCCAACGACGUGGAGAUCAGAGCAGAAGGCAACAGCCGCUUUGCUUACAAUGUGUUGGAAGAUGGCUGCAAGAAGCACUCAGAUAAGUGGGGAAAGACUGUGAUUGAGUACAAGACUCAGAAGACAUCUCGGUUGCCAAUUGUGGACAUUGCCCCCAUGGAUAUAGGUGGAGCCGAUCAGGAAUUUGGAGUGGACAUUGGUGCCGUCUGCUUCGUGUAA